AUGUCUCAAAAUAAAAUUACGAUUGAAAAUUUAACUAAAGAAGAACUUGUUCACAUGAUAUACAAAAAAAAUGAAUUAAUUGAAAAAUUAAAUGCCCUCAAUAAAAUACAAGAAGAAAAUGAUAAAACAGAUUCAUUGGACAAAGAAUCAUUAGAUACAUUGUUACACAAGAGAUCAAAUACUAUUAUUGAUACUACUUCAUUAUCUUCUGAAGUAUCUGUUCAAUUAUCAAUUGAUUCACCCAAUGAAUCAUUGACCAAUCAUAAAGAAAAAAUAAAAUCGAGUGGUAAGUGUCCAGUUCGACUUAAACAAAUAAUCAAUUAA